AUGACUCUGUCAAUCACAGUUGCUAGAAAGGGCCGUCUUGGGAGCAGAAAAUCGAACGAUGGAUGUACCACUUGCAAAAUCAGAAAGGUUAAAUGCGAUGAGCUGCAUCCUGCCUGCAGAAGGUGUCUAACAACAGGAAGAAAGUGCGAUGGUUAUAUACGCAACACAAAUCUCACGAAGAGUGCGCUAGCGCAUGUGAUAACUCCUACUACAUACGCAAACCUGGAAACUGCUGAGCUGCAGUCCUUUGAGUUCUUCAUGCGACGAUUUGUGCCCGGUUCGACAAAACUGGUGGACGCGCAAUUUUGGGAUCAACUUGUCCCUCAGCUUAGCCACUCAGAUCCAGUCAUCUGGGAUGCUGUGAUCGCUUUAUCACGUCUAAUGCAGCACCCCCAGUAUUCUCGGAGAUACACACUGCCAGAGCGCACCAAGCCUCCUGUGGUAGAUGCAGAACACCGGAGGGCGUUGACUUGGUACGGUAGAUCGAUGACAGGCUUACGCCAUCGCAUGCAACAGACUACAACCCCAUCAGCUACUGAUAUCAUAUCUUGCAUUUUGUACAUUUGCAUAGAAUGUCUGCAAGACAACAUCUCAGAAGCAGUCGCGCUCUAUCAGCGUGCAGUUGCAAUGAUGAGAACAACAGCAAACGGAGAGGUCGCAGUUUGGCCUACGACACAACUUGAGAAGUCGAUUGGAACCGGAGUAAGAGAUUUGUUGCAGAACAUGGCAGCAUCGCAACGAAUUCCUACCCUAUGGGAAAGAAUCCCUGAUCAAUACGGAGCCACAUUCGAAUCUCCCCUUGACGCUAGAGAAGAGCUUUUUGUCCUGCUGUUUGAUUCACACGACUUUAUUAUGGAUAGUAUCAAGGCGAUCACCAUCAACCAAGACAAAGACUGGUCACCUCCAUCAGAACUGGUUAUGCGACAACAGUCACUCCAAGCAAGAUUUGAAAAGUGGUACCGAGCACUUGAGAAUUCAAGGGCGAUGCUGGGUACAACAAGGACCCAAGAUGAAGAGUCUGAGGACGAGGGCUACUCACUUCUCCUGGUAACCUACGGCCAGUACUACAUCACUUUGUCCAAUAUCUUGAACAUGUAUGAGAUAGCAUUUGAUAAAUUCAACGCCCUUUUCCAGACGAUGGUCGAUCACGCCAGCCGCAUCAUAAUUCCCCAAAGCAAAGGGCCACGCCCGGUGUUCAUGUUUGAAACUCGAUUUAUUCCCCAACUAUUCUUCGUUGCAACAAAAUGCCGUCAUCCGACGAUUCGUCGACAAGCAAUCAAGCUACUACGACUUGGGCCAGAAGUCGAAAAUACUUGGAAAGCAGACACUCUAGCCGAUAUCGCUGAACGAGUAGUGGGGACCGAGGAGUCAGGUAACAUCAAUGGCACGUUCCGCCUGGAGCCCUGUUCUGUGGGACUUCCCCCAGAAAAUCAUCGAAUGUGUUGGGAUAGGAUCACUGAGCUUCCUGGGUCUGAUGGCCAACCAGCAAACUUCCAUCAAUUUGUGAUAUGGCAACAAACCGACAAUCAUACAUGGCUACCAAUUCACCACAUGGUUAACGUGUAA